AUGUUGCUCUCAGCCCUCGCCGCAGGGCUCGCUGCCCUCCCGGUGGCCCCGGCUCUGGCACGCCAAGUCCCUCACGUCAACGGCAUCUAUGGAGGCAGCCCCGACCAGUUUGAGGUAACGUCGACGCAGACGACAUUCGGCGCAGCGACCACGGACCUGCUGCGUGUGACCGAGAACAGUGGUGUCUGUGAGACGACUCCAGAUGUCUACCAGGCGUCGGGCUACGGCAACGUCAGCUCGACCGGAAGUCUGUGGUUCUGGUUCUUUGAGGCCCGCAGCAACCCGGAUACGGCACCUCUCACUAUCUGGCUCAAUGGAGGGCCGGGGAGUUCGAGUAUGGUCGGACUGUUCGACGAACAUGGCCCCUGUCGUCUCAACAACGAUAGUACCGCGCUUGACUAUAAUCCAUACUCAUGGAACAAUGUUUCGAACAUUCCCGUGGGUGUCGGUUUCUCGUACGGAGACCAAACUGUCGGCACGACUCAGGAGGCGGCUGCUGAUGUGUGGACAUUCCUCCAACUCUUUUUAAACGACACUCGUUUCAGCAAGUACCAAGAGAAUGAGUUUGCCAUCUGGACUGAGUCAUAUGGAGGCCACUACGGCCCUGCAUUCGCUGCCCACUUCCUGCAGCAAAACGACGCGAUCGCGAACGGAUCCAUCACUGGCACCCCCCUCAACCUGAAGUACCUCGGUGUCGGCGACGGGCUGACAGAUCCGCUUUCGCAAUACCCAGGCUACAUCGAGUACGCCAGCGAGAACCCGUACCAUCCGACUGUCUCGCAGUCGACGGUCUCGCAGGCGUCGACGGCGUGGAACGAGUCGGGAGGGUGCAAGGACCAGAUCACGGCAUGCUACAACGGGGGCUCGGACGACACGUGCUCGACGGCGCAGUACAACUGCAACAACGACAUCCUCUCGCCGCUCUCGGGCGACUACGACGUGUACUACAUCCUCGCGGAGGACCCGGACGCGUACCCGCCGGACCCGACGGACUUCCUUAACAACGCGACGUUCCAGUCGCAAAUCGGCGCGGAGGCGACGUGGCAGGAGACGAACACCAACGUGUACUCGAACUUCGCGGACACGGGCGACUGGAUGCGCAACUCCCGGCCUGACCUGGAGUACGUCAUCGACUCUGGCGUGCGGACCAUCGUCUUCGACGGCGACGCGGACUACAUCCUGAACUUCAAGGGUGUUGAGGCGAUGGUCGCCGCGCUGCAGACCGACUUCAGCUCCGAGUUCAACCAGCUCGAGUUCACGAACUGGACCGUCAACGGCGAGCCUGCAGGGCUUUACAAAAACGCAGGCACAUUCUCGUACGUGCGCAUUUUCGGCGCUGGCCACGAGGUCGCCGCGUACGACUGGGGCAACCUCGCGCGCGGGGAGGCGGCCCUGCAGAUGUUUAGCCAGAUCAUGAGCAACUCGUCGAUCUCCUCGACGUGAGGGGAUGGGAUGUGCGUACGAGGACGAAAGGACAAUCUA